AUGUCUGAAGAAAUCAAGAGGGAAGAGUCGGCUCGAGUCGAGCGGUCCGAGUUCGCCAAGCCAAAGAAGGGUGGCUUCAAGAGACAUUGCGCGCGGUUCUGGUGGAUCUAUCUGAUCAUUUUCCUCAUUAUUGCACUCCUCGUAAUUCUACUGAUUAUCUUCGUUGCCGUGCCCAAGAUCGCUCAGAAGAAGAUCAACGAGGCUAAGCUGAACCUAGACGGGAUUGUGGUGACGCAGACACAGACCAACAACUUCACCAUGGCCAUUAACAGCACGAUCACGACUGACGGAUCUCAGCAUGCAACCAUCGCUGCGUUUGAUGGUGUCAUGUACCUCGAGGACUGGGCGCCGCAGAGACCGUUUGCAACUGUUCACUUCCCCCAGACUAGCUCGGCCAAGUUCCAGGAAGUCAAUGUGACUCAGUUCACGCCCAUCACUGAUCUGGAGGCUUUCACCGUCUUCAACACGUGGUUGCUCGUGAACGAGACCCUCCGUGUGACUGUCAAGGGUGACACUCAUGUGCGCGUCAAGGGUCUCUCCCGCAACUACGGAGUCAGCUUCAAGAAGACCAUCACGAUGCCAGGUCUCUCCAACUUCAACGGUACCACCGUCCCUGAGAGCACUAUUGCUCUGCAGGCCGAUGACAACGGUGACAACUUCAAGGGAACCGUUACGAUCCCCAACAAAUCCCUUGUGACUUUCGAAAUUGGCAAUGCCUCUUUCCAUAACUACCUGUUGGGUGCCGAGAUUGGAACCGUCUACAUUGACAACAUUAUUCUCUCCCCCGGCCUGAACAACUUCUCGAUGCACGCCAACAUCAGCCAGCUGCCGGUCCUGAACGCCAUUGCCGAGAAGCCUUACUGCCAAAGCGGCAUCCUGCCAUUCCAGCUCCGUGGCAAGGAGGUCUUCAACCACGGCCAGCCCCUCUCAUACUAUGCCGAUGCUCUCGCCAGUUCCAACCAGACUGUCGACAUCGACAUUGGCGCCGAUUUGGAGAAGGAUCUGUCGUACACGGUGAAGUGCAGCAGCUGA